UUUUCUUUCUUUGUUUUCUUGCUAGUGUCACACUCUCACUCGCUCACUCACUCACUCACUCCUUUUCAUGCUUUUCUCUUCUCAUUAGUUCCAUCUUUGAAACCCUUUUUCCCACUCUUCAACAAAACAAGAACCAUUCUACGCAACAUGGGUGCUUCUGGCAACAAUUUGCUUCAAGUUCUCGCCAAAAACUUUGAUGUUCUUGCUCUGCCUUUGGUAACCCUUGUUUAUCCUUUAUAUGCUUCAAUCAAGGCCAUAGAAACCAAGAAUAUUGUUGAUGACCAACAAUGGCUCACUUAUUGGGUUCUUUACUCUUUGAUUACACUCUUCGAGCUCACAUUUGCCAAAGUUCUUGAAGUGCUUCCGAUUUGGCCUUAUGCAAAGUUGAUACUGAGUUGUUGGUUGGUUCUUCCUCACUUUAAUGGAGCAGCACAUGUUUAUAAAUGCUAUCUUAGACCAUUCUACAUGAACCCACAAUUACCACAAAUGCCGCUAAUGCCAGGAACUUCGCAAAUGUGGUAUGUUCCACGGAAGAACAUAUUCAGUAAGCAAGAUGAUGUUCUUAGUGCUGCAGAGAGAUACAUGCAAGAAAAUGGAACAGAAGCAUUUGAAAGACUCAUCACAAAGACUGACAGAGAAGCUAAAGCAAGGAGGAAUGGAAACUACAUGAUCUUUGAUGAUGAUUAUAGAUAUUAACUGUUUUAACCAAGAGGCAUUUUAUGAUGUUUUGUCACCUUAAUUUAGUCACUUUAAUAGUUCUAUAAUGGCUUAACUUAUGAAUUGACUGUAAUUUCUUGAAUUUUUUCCAACUACUUGCACUUUGAUGGUGAAUUAUUACUACUUGCAGUAAUGUGCGUUUUUCCAACUCAUGAGAAAAUUAGAGGCUCUAUCACAAAACACUUGACUUGGUUUUGAUA